CCUCUCUCUUGACUUCAGAACAGACGUUUUUUCCUGUAUAGGCCCUCAGCCCUUCCUCUCGCGCACUGGGAGAGAACAUCGUCCGCAGAGGACGCGAGUGAGCUGGAAUGCUUUGACGUCAGUAGCAGGCCAGCGCUCAGAGCCGAUCAGGCAGUGAAUGAAUGCACGAAUACUGCAGAGAGGCGCACUCGCAGCAUCGACCAUCCAUCCCUGUUGCCUCGUCCUUUCGGAGACAUCGGGGCAUACACACGCCACUGGCACAGUGAACACAACAGGACGUCGGGAAAAUAUUGGAAACCAAUAGCUUUACGAUUCUAACUCAUCAAGUAAUAUUGGAAUAGCAAGAAGUGCCAAGCUGUUUACAGAGGCUGGUCGCUCCACAAGCCUAAAGGAUAACGCAUUUUCCUCUCAAUGGUAAUGCAUCAGUAGAGAGAGCUUCCAUAGAGCUUCAAGACCCCUCCAAGGCCCCUCAUCCAGACUGAGACUGUCUCCAGCACCAACACACCACUCCCCUCACCCCGUCUCUGCCCUAGCCCACCCAGACAUGGCUGCCUCCAAGAGCAGCUACGAGGGAAAGAUCGCUGGCCUCUAUGACCUGGAUCGCACGCUGGGUAAAGGCCACUUCGCUGUUGUCAAGCUGGCACGCCACGUCUUCACAGGCCAGCUGGUGGCGGUCAAGGUGAUCGACAAGACCAAGCUGGACGCCAUGGCGACGGGCCACCUGCUGCAGGAGGUGCGCUGUAUGAAGCUGGUGCAGCAUCCCAAUGUGGUGCGGCUCUACGAGGUCAUCGACACUGCCAACAAGCUCUACCUCAUCUUGGAGCUGGGCGAUGGAGGAGACAUGUAUGACUACAUCUUGCGCCACGAGGGUGGCGUGGCUGAGGACACGGCUAAAGUUCACUUUGCCCAGAUCGUCCGAGCAAUCUCCUACUGCCACCGGCUCCACGUGGUGCACCGAGACCUCAAGCCAGAGAACGUGGUGUUCUUCAGGCAGCAGGGGACCGUCAAGCUGACCGACUUCGGCUUCAGCAACCUCUUCAAGCCCGGGACCAUGCUGAUGACCAGCUGUGGCUCGCUGGCUUACUCCGCCCCAGAGAUCCUGCUGGGAGAUGAGUAUGAUGCUCCGGCUGUAGAUAUCUGGUCGUUGGGGGUGAUCCUGUACAUGCUGGUGUGUGGACAGCCCCCUUUCCAGGAGACCAAUGACAGUGAGACGCUCACCAUGAUCAUGGACUGUCACUACACCGUCCCAGCCCACAUCUCCUCAGACUGCAAAGAUCUGAUCUCCCAUAUGCUGCAGAGGGAUCCAUCUAGCCGUGCCUCCCUGCAGGAGAUCGAGAACCACCCCUGGCUGCUAGGGGUCGACCCCUCGCCCGCGGGACACAGUGCCGCCCCCCUCACCUCCCACCGUAGCCUGUCCCCAGAGGAACACGAGGUCAUCCUCCAGGCCAUGACCAGUGGCAACAUUGCAGACCGCGACGCCAUCCAAGAGGCUCUAGAGGCAGACCGAUACAACCACAUCACAGCCACGUAUUACCUGCUGGGGGAGCGCAUCCUGAGAGACAAGCAGGAGCAGCCCAGCGAGAUGCCCAAAGUCGACAGCGCAUGGGCUGAGCCACCACAACUCCAGAGGCCACUGUCUGAGCCUCUGGAUCUGGAGCAGAGGGGGCUCCAUGGACUGCUGCCUGGCUGUCCCCGCCGAGGGGUGUCAGAGUCUGGGGACUUCCUGGCCCACAGGCCCCUUUUGCUCCAGCCACAGCCAAGUCGCACAGAGAGCCCCUUCCCUGAGUACAGCACAGGGCCCUGCCCGGGGCUCACCCUGCACCCCCCACCCCCUGAUGAACCCCUGCAGGUCAAAAGCCUGGGAGCUCUGCAGCUGAUCUGUGAAGAGGAUGAGGAAGAAGAAGAGGAGGAGGAAGAUGCAAUCAAACCACAUGUUGGACUUCAUAAUAUUCAAGCACUGCCUCACAUAGUAGGCUUGGUAUCAACCACUGGGUCUACAGAACAGUCAAGUCCCAUGCUCUCAGCUCCAGAGGCUCCACAGAGGCACCCAGUCAGAGUAGUGCCAGGUCAGGGAGAGGAAACAGGCCUGUUGGGCACCUCAGUGAAGGAAGCAUUGGACACAAAGAGGGGGGAGGGGGACAGGGAAGAGCAGGACAAGGUUUCCAGCCACAACAAAGAUAUGGAGUCUGACCAGCUGGCAGCCAGACAGGAACAGGGUACAGUGGAGUCAGAGGAGAAGCCCAUGGAGGAAGAGGAUAUGUCAUGUGACCCACUGAGGCUAGGUAGUCAUGCGACUGCAGACCAGCCAAUCAAUGGUUUAGAAAACCUGAUUCAGACAGUGGUAGAUAGUCAACUCACUCCCAAAGCUCAUCCUCCAUGCCUGUCUCGCCUAGGGCGGGUGCAGUGUUGUCGGGGGCAACGAGAGCCUCCUACCCCAUACAUCAUGGAAGGGGAGGAAGACACUAUGUUUGAAAACAACAACAACACCACAGAGUCCAAGCCUAAGCUCCUGGUGCAGGGUGGGGGUUCCACUCCAAGCGCUUCACCCCGCUCUCUGCCACGUAACCACUGUGUGGACUUGGGUCCGGACGGAGUGGAGACGACACGCAAGGUGGGUGGGCCUGGAGGAGAGUCUGAGGGGGAAAUGCCGGAGGAGCUCCAGUUGGAGAGAUCCCAUAUUGCACCACAGGGCCCUCUUGGGCUCAGAGAGGCGGGGACCGACCCUGCAGUCAGACUGGAUCCUGGGAAGGGGAAGAACGUGAACUUGCGAGACCGCCUACUGCAGUUCCCCCUCUGUGAGAAGGCCUUGUCCUUCAACAUCCAGCCCACCUCCAAGGAGAAACUCCUGCCCUUCGCCCAGUACAACUGCUGCCACGUGUUGUAGGCGGGGCCACCUGUAGCUUUACCUCCCUAUACCUCCCACAUCACUCACUCACUUUAUAGCCUGGCCACAGGGCACAAACUAGGGGUCCUCAGGCCCCUCAAGACAGCCUCACACCAGGCCAGAGCCUGUCACCGAUCCAUCUAGUUCAACACAAAACACCAGAGCAGUCUGGGUCCUGCCUGAACUAGAAGUCUGCAUCCUACCUGAACUAGAAGUCUGCAGCCGACCUGAACUGAACUAUCUUACUGUGACCUCAGACAUUUUGUAGACAAUUCUUGUUAGAUCUGUGUAGCCCUUACCUCGUUAUACUUAGCAUCUACUGCUGCUUCCUUUGUGAGAAAAUAACUCAACUUCUUGUGCUGCCAUGUACUGAAGUUUAUUAACUGCUUUUUGUGUAGUCUUCUUAGACUAUCACUAUAUAGUAUAUAGCUUUGUAUUGAUUGCUAUUAUAAAAUCCCUUAUAUCGUAGCUCUUCAUUUUGCACUAGCUUAUCUCGAACUGAGCCCAUUUCAGCGUAUGGUAUGUUGUCACUCUGAGGCCUGCUAGUACAGUGCUAUAAUUGUAAUGUCUAGCAUGAAGAUGAUGCAUGCUGUAGAGGGGACAGCUAUACUCCCUGCCUCAGCCGCCCGUCUACAUUAGCUCAGCUAGUGGACUGAUGAAAGGGUUGAUGCUAUUGACAAUGUAGCUGGAAGCAUGGUAUCAUUUAAUGCUGGGGGUUGGAUACGUCAGUGGUAAUCUGAGAGGUGUAAGGUUUGGGACCUAAACUGACUAAUGCAGGGAGAGCAAAAUCUGUGAACAAUUGUUGGACAGGGUUUAAUACAAGAGACUUUUGAAAAUGGAUAUGAUAUCGACUACGGAAACGCAGGUCUUCCAGAUUGUUUGUGUGUAUAUGUACUUUAUUUAAAAAUCUUUCAUCGUUAUUCUUACAAAUGCUAUUGAACCCUUUUAUUUUGUCGGACAACAGUUUCUUUGUCGUAGGACAUAUCCACAGGUGCGUGAUUAUAACAAUUCUUUUGUGGUAUCUAAGUGUGACAGAAUGAAUCCGUCUCGAGAGUGAUGACAGAUACUGUACAUUAAAUCCCUGUAUUUAGAUCUGUAUUAUUUACCACAUAUGCCUCAGUGUACUCUGGGUCGUUAAACAAACAAACCGUGUCCCUGCAUAUUGUUGUUGGACUUGCCUGGGGAUUUGUGUAUAUAUGUAUUCUGUCUGUCUAUGGUUCUGAGAGUACACCUAUACAUACUAUUAAGAGAUACCACUUGAUCAAAUCAGAAAUCCUAAUCUAGAUGCGAACUAGCUAUUAUGCAAAGAAGAAAUGUUAUAGAACGAGAGUCCUCAGAAAGCUGUGUUCUUUCUCAUCAGUGGAAUCCCCAGAGGACUGUAUGAGAGCAGAAUUAAUGGCAUACUUUUAUCCCCCUCGUUGUGGAAGAGAAGAGUGUAGUGAUGGACACAGAGCACUAACCUCAGCUGUCACACAUUCAUAUGAUAUGGACACCUCAACCUCCCCUGUCUCCUUUCCUCUUCUGUCAUUGGAUGGGGGGGGGGGGUCUCCAUUCCAUUCCGCCAACCAGCUGUCUCCUCCACACCUAGCCUGGAGUCACCUUACCUGGGAAGUGUCUGUCUGUCUGUCGGCCCAUUGAACCUGAUUUAAACUAUGACUAUAGGGCUGGAUUCAAUUUGUAGCGCAGAAGAUCAGUGUUGUAGCACGGUUUAAAUUUGUAAGUAAUUUUCGAUUGAGCCGACAUAUGAAGUGUUUACCGCGGAAGCAUUGCAUUUAAAACGGCAAUUUGUGAUUGCUAGGUCCAUUUUUGGACUUUUAAAUUGGUGGUAUACCCACUCAUUCUUGAAGAAUAUAACGUAUAAAUGCUUAGUUCAACUGUUGUACCCCAUCACAAUACAUAUUUUAACCUUUUACACCUCUUCGUUUGUAAACAAACAUUGUAUUUUUAUUUUAUUUUUUUACCUUUAUUUUACUAGGCAAGUCAGUUAAGAACAAAUUCUUAUUUUCAAUGACGGCCUAGGAACAGUGGGUUAACUGCCUGUCCAAGGGCAGAAUGACAGAUUUUGUACCUUGUCAGCUCGGGGAUUUGAACUUGCAACCUUUCGGUUACUAGUGCAAUGCUCUAACCACUAGGCUACACUGCCGCCCCGCCCAGCCUCCAAACAUGGUUAAAACUAUAAUUUUAAUCUCAGAGCUGGUCAGUCCUUGCACCCAUAGUUCAGUCUAUGAAUUUGAGAGCACUUACAUUUCUCCCAUCUCUCCUCUGUUUACCAAAUCAGUGGUGGGGUGGCCUUUGUUGUUUGAAUGGCAGAUUUCACCUUUAAAUUUCGAUCAGCUAUAACGCUGAUUCUAGGCGCUACGGAUUGAAUCCAAUUCUAGGUCUCAAUGAGAUUUCUUUAUUUUUGUAUUUAUUUAUUAAAAUGGAUUAAACCAGA